UGGCCUCAGUGCCCCCAGACAAAGCCGGGCUAGCGGUGAUGGGGGAUUGGGGGAGUUGGUUAGGGGUAGUGGCCGGGGACCCCAGAGCCACCCUCUGGGAGGUCGGGGGUGAGGCCGGGCUCUGAGGCCUCCGGCAGCCAUGGAGCACCCAGGGCCUGGGGCUGGCAGGGCUGGGGGACAACGCAGGAAGUGGGAGACCAGCCAGUUCCAGCCGCUCCACAGGUAAGUGGCACCUGGGGUAAAAUGAUGACCAGGCACUGGUGCCUGCUUUCCUCUCCCUCCUGGGGGCCCUGGGCGGGGGGGAAAGGGACGCUCAGACUGGCACGGAAGAUCUCUCACACACUUGGCCACAUGUUGACUGCAUUAUUUCAGGGCCACCUGGGCCAUUCCCUGCCUCCAGGAAGGAUCUGCCGGAGCCUGGAAGGAGAAAGGAUCUUCCCAGCGCUUCAGGACCCGGGUAGCACCUCCCUGCUGGGGACUGUCCAUGUGGCCUUCUUGCUGGCAAUUCCACAGGGUGAAGUAACCAUGCAGGCUUUUCUAAAAGGCACAUCUGUCGGUACUAAACCACCACUGAAGGAUCGAGUAGCUGCCACAGCUGGAAGCAGUGGAGAGAACAAGAAAGCCAAACCUGUUCCGUGGGUGGAAAAAUAUCGCCCAAAAUGUGUGGAUGAAGUCGCUUUCCAGGAAGAAGUGGUUGCAGUACUGAAAAAGUCUUUAGAAGGAGCUGAUCUCCCUAAUCUCUUGUUUUAUGGGCCACCUGGAACUGGAAAAACAUCCACUAUUCUGGCAGCAGCUAGAGAGCUUUUUGGGCCUGAGUUGUUUCGAUUGAGAGUUCUUGAAUUAAAUGCAUCUGAUGAACGUGGAAUACAGGUUGUUAGAGAAAAAGUGAAGAAUUUUGCUCAAUUAACUGUGUCAGGAAGUCGUUCAGAUGGGAAGCCAUGUCCACCUUUUAAGAUUGUGAUUCUGGAUGAAGCAGAUUCUAUGACCUCGGCUGCUCAGGCAGCUUUACGACGUACUAUGGAGAAGGAGUCUAAAACCACCCGAUUCUGUCUCAUCUGUAAUUAUGUCAGUCGAAUAAUUGAACCUCUGACCUCUAGAUGUUCUAAAUUCCGCUUCAAACCACUGUCAGAUAAAAUUCAACAGCAGCGAUUACUAGACAUUGCUGAUAAAGAACAUGUCAAAAUUAGCAAUGAGGGAAUAGCUUAUCUUGUUAAAGUGUCAGAAGGAGACUUAAGAAAAGCUAUUACAUUUCUUCAAAGUGCUACUCGAUUAACAGGUGGAAAGGAGAUCACAGAGAAGGUGAUCACAGACAUUGCUGGGGUAAUACCAGCUGAGACCAUCGAUGGACUAUUUGCUGCAUGUCAGAGUGGCUCUUUUGACAAACUAGAACGUGUGGUAAAAAAUUUAAUAGAUGAGGGCCAUGCAGCCACUCAGCUUGUAAAUCAACUUCACGAUGUGGUUGUAGAAAACGAUAACCUUUCCGACAAACAGAAAUCCAUCAUCACAGAAAAACUUGCUGAAGUAGACAAGUGCUUAGCGGAUGGUGCUGACGAACAUCUACAACUGAUCAGCCUCUGUGCUACUGUGAUGCAGCAGUUAACUCAGAAUUGCUGAGAUGUUCGUAAGAUGUUUAAAACUUAAAUAAAAUAACCAAAACACCUUUAAA